ACAACGCUGCAGCGCGCUGGUACUCGGCAGUAAUCUUGUUUGAACGUUCGGAUGUGCAUGAUAAUGGUACCCGUGUUUGCUUCAGUGAAAAACACGUGCACAACAUAAACAUGCGUACAGCUAGUCGGUAUUAAUAAAGGGAAUAGGAUUGCUCAAGUGCAAAGAUCGUCCAAAUCAAAGAUGUUCCCAUGGUUACGGAGCUGCAGAUAUCUUGCCGGGCCACGAUGUUUAUCUUCUGCUGGCAAGGGCAUCGACAGGAACUUAACAAAGCAGUUAAACUUAUGUCAUCGGAAUUUCCUACAUUCUCCGUCCCUGCAAAAGUCACAUACAGGAAAUGUUCCAUAUUUAGCGAAGCAACAUCUGCAUAGGAGUACAACGCUUGUGUGUAAAUGCAGCACUGUAAGUCAUUCAGAGCCAGAUGAUGGCAUGAGAUCAGAAGAAGAAAAAAGUAGGGAGGAUGGUGAGACGAAGAUGGAAGGUGGCGGAACUGAUGAACCAGCUCGUGUCACGGCAGCAAGGUUGGAACUUGAGGUGAUGCGGAGCGCAGGAUCUAACGUUCCAGAAUACAUCAACGAAUUUGACUUGGACUAUUUCAGCACUCUCAACUCCAAGAAGUCCCGCAAACGGUUCCUGGCGUUCCUCUUCAAGAAGGAGAUGCUGCGGUUGAAGGAUCGGGAGAAGCGGAGACUGGCAAGAGAAGAGAGGGAAUCAGAAGAGCCCAAGGUGGAGGAAGACCUGGACGCGCCGAUGAAGAACAGACUCUUCUUGCAGCUCCAGCCGCAGAGCGUGCUUCAGUUUGACAACUGGCACCUUGCCGCGGGGAUGAAGUUUGGUCCCAAGUUGGUCUACGAUUUCAGCUACGAGGAGCACAUGAGGCGGCCAGAGCUCAUCAGCAUGGUACAGCAGCUGAUGCAUGGGGUCGGUGCCAACAAGCUGGCUAGGGACCCCUUUGAUGUCCACUGGGCGGGUCUACAAGCGGCCAGCGGGACCAUGCGGGAGAUGAGGAGGAUGCUCGGGGAGCAUCUUGGCUCUGUCAUGGUCAACGUCACCGACCGGCAAGUCCAGGAUGCCUUCCCUGUUGAGGACAUAGUGUACCUCACCGCCGACUCUCCCAACAUCAUGAGAUCCUACAAUCCCAACAAAGUCUACGUCAUUGGUGCCUUGGUGGACAGUCACCGGAUCCUGCGGGGCGUGUCCUUUGCCAAAGCCAAGCGACUCAACUUGAACCACGCCCGCCUCCCGUUGGACCUGUUCCUCAAGUGGAGCUCGGGAGGCAAGAAUCUGACCCUGGACCAAAUGAUGCAGAUCUUGAUAGAGCUCAACACCUCUGGAGAUUGGGUAAAAGCUCUCAACCACGUCCCAACGCGGAAACACAUGGGACUAAAGUCGGAACGACCGGCGGAACAACUUAAUCCCGAUAGUCAAGAAAGGAGAACAUUCAAGAAAUCUCCGCCGCAACAAGAGGCUAGGUUCUCUUCUAGUAGAGCCAAGAAUUCUCGCAGUUGGCCAACACUGGAUGAACCGACCUUCAACCGGUCCAAGAGUGUAAACAGCGCCACCGUGAGGCAGAGAGUGAGACAGAUCAUUGACGAGGAGGAAGAUCCAGCUAAUGAGACAAUAUUCAGCUCCGCUGGAGGGUAUGGGUCUAGAAAGACAACUACGCCCAAAUCCAAUCCAAGCGAUAAACAGUGGUUUGAAGAUUAAAUACUGAAACGAAGGAAAUAAGAUUGGAAGCAAUGACAUCAGUUUAUACAACACCUGAAUGAAACCCCGUCAUCUGAUUGGUGGGUCAUUGACCACAUGUCAUUGAAUUAAUUAUUUGUCCCAACCCACAGCCCAGUCGCACUGCAAAAAAGGAAGUUCUAGUCCAUGGUACAUGUAUAGAAGUUCCAUCGCACGGUCACACUACUGGAGGCUCUGAUCAAUCAGAUGACGGAGAUUUAUUCAGGUGUUGUACA